AUGACAAAAGAGCUAUGCAUGGACGAGAUGAUCUCCUCAAAUCAAACGAAUGAACCAGCAAGCCCUUUCUCAUGUCACCCCUGCUCGUCGGCCGAUAAAGGAGCAGGUGUCGCGACAGAUAGCAGCAGUCAUAGCGUGAACGACUCCGGACCGUCCACACCAACACAUGAGAACCCACCAGAAGACAUGUCAGAUAUAUCGGAGGUCAAGGUCCUGCGACCAUAUGCAAUCGAGGAGCCGGAUGACGACCCAGAGCCUCCCGUGCAGCGAAGGCUUGCGUUACCGUGCCUCCCAGAUUAUUUUGAGAUAUGGCAGCGCGAGCUGAUCGAUCGCAUCGAUGAUAUGGACCAUGCAGAUGGCAAGGCCGUGACAAAACCAAGCGCUAAGCUUUCACCAGUGCCUAAGAGAGGUCAGAAGCGAAAGCCAAUCGGUGUAGCUAGCGCCGGAGACUCCUACACGGCCAUUCCUCGGUCCAAAUCCCGGGCCAAGCUAGACGAUCCUGCAUUAUCUCUCUGUGGUCUGAGUCCGAAGAGACGCCGUAGACGCAGUAAGGUACAAGAGGAACGUCCUGAAGAUCCCCACUCUACCUCUCUACAUGAUUUCCGUGAUACCGCAGUCAACCAGAGCUCAAGUUCGGACUGGCAAUCGAGCAGUAGUGCCGACACUGCGGACGACUCUGCUUUAGUCGACGAGAUGGACAUUGACUGA